GCUCUCUCGCCUUGGGCACCAAAUAACCUAGAGCCGGCCCUGCUCCCAAGGUUUUUUUUCGCCAUUCUGUCACCGAUGGAGUUUUGGUUCCUUUCCGCUGUCGCCUCUGGCUUAGUUGGGGUCACUUCAUUUACAGCGAUACUGUUGACUUGAUUACAAAUUAUUGCAAAGAUACGACAUCUCUGAAUUCAAUGAUUAAAUAAAUAAAGGUGACUUGACUCUUUAGGCUUGAACUGAUGGUAAAAGGACAUUAUUAACGGUUUUACAUGUAUUCUGAAAGAUGAAACUCACAAUUAUGGAAAAGGGCAUUACAUUUCUGAUGAGUGCUUGUAGUGUUCGGCCAAUCACAAGUAUUGGGUCAGCUGUCCAAUCAGAGCAGGGGAAGGAAGAACUAAUGCAUAUAUGAGAGAUGCGUUUCCUGCACUUCCACUCUGCAGGGUGUCUGUGUAUGUCUGUUUCUCAGGAGAUCAAAGUAUCUGAGGCUUUUUUAAUUUACAAUUGCUUAAAGUAGUAAGCAGUGGAAAGUUAUCACUAGUUAGUACAGAUCAGCUGGUGAGGACAAGCAGAGCACUAUGGACAGCAGCAACUCAAGCAAAAUGAACCAGACUGAUUAUAACAAUAAUAACUUGGAUGAAGUUUUUUGUCUGGAAUGUUUUGAAAUGCUGAUGAACAAGAUUUCUCUGGUCUUCUUCUACCUGACCUUGAUCCUCGGUGUUCCUGGCAAUGCAUUUGUCGUGUAUGUCGCUGGAUUGAAGAUGAAGAGGACUGUUAAUACAGUAUGGUUUCUCAAUCUAGCGAUUGCUGACCUCUUGUGCUGCCUUACCACUCUUUUCAUCGUGAAUGGGAGCGCUCUUGAUCCCUCGCCUUACGCAUCCGUACUGUGCAAGAUUAUCCCUUUCAUUAUACUCAUCAACAUGUUUGCCAGCGUUUUCACACUGAGCUUGAUUAGUCUGGAUCGGUUUACUCAGGUGAUCACGCCGGUUUGGGCUCAGAAUCAUCGCAGCUUGUUCAUCGCACGACUGACCUGUGUAUCGGCUUGGAUUCUGCCUUCACUUCUUUGUGUGCCUUUUAUGUUAAAUAAGACUAUAACAGUAAAUAACAAAACAGACUGCGAUUUUGCUGACGAUUUUCAGUUGAAUAGAAGUUUUUGCAUCAUUAGAUUUGUGAUUGGCUUUUUGGUUCCUCUCAUAUGCAUCACAACAUGUUACGGAUUCAUCGCACACAAGUUAGGCAGGAGUCAUUUUCACUCUGGACGAGCAUUUCGUAUCAUGUCUGCUGUAAUCGUGGCCUUUUUUCUUUGCUGGCUGCCGUAUCACAUAGUAGUUUUGUUAAUAAUGUAUGGAGAGAAAUCCAGUUCCUCUGUGGCUGCGGCAGUGCAUCCGUUGACCUUCUCUUUGGCGUAUUUCAACAGCUGUCUGAACCCCAUUCUGUAUGUUUUCUUGGGGCAGGAUUUUAAGAGCAAUGUUAAACUUUCUCUAAGACGCGUUUUUGAAAGAGUUUUCUCUGAGGAGGGAACACAAGCAUCAUGAUCCACACAGCCUCAACACACACACUCAGUGUAGUGAAGAUAUCGGCUCAUUUAUACAGAGGUUUCUGAUUUAUUUUUAUUACUAUUCUAAUAAUGUUGUUCUAAUUAUUUCUUUUUGAAAUUCAUCAACUCGAAAUCAGAAAGUCAUCCAACUCUUAUUCAUUAUUCCUGUGUGUUUCUCUCUGUAUUGUUGAUGUAUUUUCAGUGAUUGGUGAUUUGUGAACUAUCGUCAAAGCUUAACAUCACAGUGAUUGAAUACUGAUGCUUGAUUAAUUAAUUCUAUGCUAAAUUCAUGAAGAAGAAAAUGUAAUUUAAAGCUUGUAAUUGUGAAUAUAACAAAAACAGGUUUUAUUUUACUCUGCCUUAUCUCAGUGAUUUAGUCAUUUUGGUGUUUUUCUACUUUAGUGUUAUGGAGUUGAUUACUCAGAAUAAAAAAGUGCAUGAUGUAUAAACAUUGUU